UCAGUACGCAUGCGUACAUCGGUGCGGCGUCGAGCUCGGAGUUGCUCGUGUUAGCUUAUUUCGGUAGAGUUUGCCAGAAACACAUUGCCUUGUAGGGGAUCAAAUAUGUCAACAAGUGACUUUUAUUUGAGGUAUUAUGUUGGACACAAGGGGAAGUUUGGACACGAAUUCCUUGAAUUUGAGUUUCGACCUGACGGUAAAUUGAGGUAUGCAAACAACAGCAACUACAAGAAUGACGUCAUGAUCAGGAAAGAGGCGUACGUACACAAAAGUGUGAUGGAGGAGCUGAAACGGAUCAUUGAUGACAGUGAAAUUACCAAGGAAGACGAUGCGCUGUGGCCCCCUCCUGACAGAGUUGGAAGACAGGAGCUGGAGAUUGUCAUCGGGGACGAGCACAUUUCAUUCACAACUUCCAAAAUUGGCUCCUUGAUUGACGUCAACCAGUCAAAGGACCCUGAAGGUCUGCGUGUGUUCUACUACCUGGUCCAGGAUCUGAAAUGUCUCGUCUUCAGUCUGAUUGGCCUGCACUUCAAGAUUAAGCCCAUCUAACACGUGGAAUGAGAGUGUUUUAGUUACUUUAGUUGAUGUUUUGUUGUACGACUGCAUUUGUACAUUUGCUUUUGGUGGAAUUUUUCUAUCUUAAAUAAACAGUAAAGACAAAA